CUUGGUAUGCUGAUUUGGUGAACUACCUAGCCACAGGAAGAGAACCUUUGAAUCUUGUGGGCUAUGCCAAGAAGAAGUUCUACAAGGAUGUGAAGAGAUACUACUGGGAUGAACCCUAUCUCUACAUUCUCUGCAAGGAUCAGCUUUAUAGAAGAGUGGUUGCAAAUGAGGAGAUUGAUGGGAUCCUUACACAGUGUCAUGGAUCAUCUUAUGGAGGCCACUUUGCCACCUUCAAGACAGUUGCGAAAGUAUUACAAGCUGGAUUCUGGUGGCCACAUAUGUUCAAGGAUACACAAGACUUUGUCUCAAAGUGUGAUUCUUGCCAAAGAAGAGGAAACAUCACAAAGAGGAAUGAGAUGCCUCAGAAUCCAAUCCUUGAAGUUGAAGUGUUUGAUGUGUGGGGUAUUGACUUCAUGGGACCAUUUCCAUCAUCUUUUGGAAACAAAUACAUCCUUGUGGCUGUCGAUUAUGUCUCCAAAUGGGUGGAAGCUAUUGCAAGCCCCACCAAUGAUGCUAGAGUUGUAACCAAAAUGUUCAAGAGCAACAUUUUUCCAAGGUUUGGAGUCCCAAGAGUUGUGAUCAGUGACGGAGGUUCCCACUUCAUUAACAAACUGCUUGAGGGACUUCUCAAGAAGAAUGGUGUGAAGCACAAGGUGGCAACCCCUUAUCACCCCCAAACAAGUGGCCAAGUUGAGAUUUCUAACAGGGAGAUCAAGGAAGGAUUGGUCCAAUAAGCUCGAUGAUGCACUUUGGACUUAUAGGACAGCGUACAAGGCACCACUGGGCACCACACCUUUCAACCUAGUGUAUGGGAAAGCUUGCCAUCUACCAGUGGAACUUGAGUACAAGGCACUA